GUGAAUUAUAAUUUGAAAUUUAUAUGCAGAGUUCGACAUGAAUCAUGAUGUUCCUGCAGAGCAUAGUCGUGCCGUGCCAGAUGUACAGCACAGCAAAACAGGGCUUGACACCAAAAAUCACUUGCAUGUUGUAGAACAACCACACAGUAUGUUAUGGCAGUCAGGUAUUCAUCAUGGUGCAUCAGGGCUGGACAUGGACCAGUUUGUUGCUGUGCAGCAUGGUUAUGCCAUACCAAUUGUGCAGCACAGCACAACAGGGCUUGACACCCGCAAUCAGGUCCAUGUUGAACAACCACACACUAUGCCAUGGCAGCCUGGUGUUCAUCAUGGUGCGUCAUGUGCGUGUAAAGUAAAUCCAAUGGAGAUAACAUUAUUUGAUUAUAAUGAAAUUCUGAAUUUAUAUAUGUAUAAUGGAACUGUAGUUAGCCAAAAAAACUACGUUAUCCUUAAAGGCAAAUGUAGAAGCUGUUUGACCCCAAAAUGGUUAUUUCAGACAAACAGAUAA